AUGACGGGGCGCAACAAGGAGAAGCGUUAUGAGUGCGAUGUGUGCGGCAAGGCCUGGCGGUACCCGAGCAAGCUGGAGACCCACCGGCGGGUGCACGCGAGCAGGAAGCUCUACGACUGCCCCACCUGCGGCAAGAGCUUCACCUGGUUGUCGAGGCUGAGGGUGCACCAGCGGGUGCACAGCAGCGAGCGGCCCUUCGCCUGCUCCGACUGCGGCAAGGGCUUCAAGUCCUCGCCGGAACUGAAGUUGCACCGGCGGCGGGUGCACGCCGGUGACAGUCCCUCCCCCAGGCCCUUCGGCUGCUCCGAUUGCGGCAAGGAAUUCACGAAGGAGCAGGACCUGAAGAUCCACCGGCGGGUGCACACGGGCGCGAGGCCCCAUGUCUGCUCCACAUGCGGCAAGAGCUUUGCCUGGCUUUCGAAGUUGCGGCAGCACCAGCGGGUGCACAGCAGCGAGCGGCCCUUCGCCUGCCCCGACUGCGGCAAUGGCUUCAAGUCGUCGCCGCAACUGAAAGUGCACAGGCGGGCAGCUGGCAAAGGUGAAGCCCGUUCGUGA